AUGUUCACGGCGCCAGACUACUUCCCCUUUCUUAUAAGGCAGUUCCACCGAGAGACGCGGUGGGACGAGCACAACUCGUACUCGACGUUCUGCAAGACGUCACAGGCGAUUCUGGACUUUUCCAUCCCGCACGGUGUAUCGGUCAGCGCGGGCCGCAGUGUCAGCAGUGGCCUCAACUCGCAGCUGGUGUUUUCAAUGAUCCCAAGCAAGGCGUCCUCGAUCGGAUACCUCGCCGCGUCGCGGCCACUUUUCAAAGUUCUAGACUUUGGGGGCGCUGCUGCUGGCAUUGCAACCUCCGUAGCAGCAGCCGCGUCCGAUCUCGUAGCCGAUCCGGCAAAGGACGCUCCUGAGCAUACAGUGCGUGGUGGUGUAUCGGGUGGAGGAGAUGUGUCGGCCGAUUCGGAGCCGGUCCUUCUGACUGGGUUCUCGCCGUCGUUGGCGGACUAUGCAACAAAGAGCGAUGUGGUGCCUGGCUUUGCGGUCGCCGGCACCAAGCAGCACGAGUUUGCCAUCGCCCGCCAGCAGCAAGUGCAGGACGAGCGCGACUCGCAGAACCUUCUCCACAGCAUCACAGCGGGGACGUGGAAGUGCAACUGGGACAUUGGGAGCCUGCAGGCCGGGGCAGGCGGUGCCGGUGACUACCUGAUGGUCGCGCAGAUGUACCCCUCGCUGGCGUCGAUCACUGGGUCGUACAUUGUGCGCCGGUCGGCGACUUCCGAGCUGACGAUCAGCGGAGUCAGCGUGGCCGGUUCAAACCCUGACAUGCAGUUUGUUAUGCAGCACGCAACCAACCGGAGACGAUGGAGCAGCGAGGCGAUCCUUGCGACUAGCGGCAAGCUCGUUGGCCUGCGCGGCCAGUACAACUUUGGCGAUGUCGAGGCGCUGGACCGGGCAGCGCACUCGUACUACCGUGGCAGCGAUGAGGACGCCAGGCGUGUGCUCCGCGAAAAAACGCACGGGCGGCUGUCGGUCGGCAGCGAAGUGUACUUUGGCGCACAGGACUCGAGCGGCGGCAUAUCUGUGGGUGCGCGGUACCGCUACGACCUGCCUCUGUUUUCAGAGCUGACGUGUGUCCUGACUCCGAUCAUGGGCCACUUGUCGCUGGCGUGGACGCAGCAGCUGCGGCCUCAGUUCUGCGCGGCGGCGCGCUACGACUUCAACAUGUUCAGCCUCGACUCGGAGCUGGCGAUGGGCAUAGAGUGGCAACUGGAUCAGAACAGCAUUAUCAAGACUGGGUGGAGCAGAUCGCAGGGCCUGCGCUUCCUUGUUGACACGCGCCUCAACAACAUGAUAUUCAGCAUGGGGCUGGCCUUCAACAGCGACGGCCCUGGCCGCCUGGGAUUGGGGUCUGGCGCUGGCGCUGGCAGCGCCUCCGAGCCACCAGCAUCGUCCUCGAACGGAAUGCGGCGACUGGUGCGGUCGUUCGGCCUGCAGUUCCAGUGGUUUUUGUAG